AUGGCCAUGAAAAAGACAGCCAAGCAACUACCAACCCAAAACGAGUUCCUUCAAACCGGGCUAGUGCCUUGCAGUCUAGGAUCUCCAUGCCUUCAAGACACUCUGUGCUCUAUCUGCACUUGCGUUUGCAAGGCUGAUGAAGAAGUCGUCAAGAUCGUCCACGGCAGCAUUUGUAUUUUCCACAAAGAGUGCAUUAUGUCAUGGUUUAGUUCUACUCAUCGCAUGCGAGGCACCUGCCCUAACGAUAGGAUGGAGCUUUUUGAGCCUGAUCGCCUCACACCGCAACAAAUUGCCGCGGAAGGUGCGCCGUUCAUGGAUCGAAACUCGCUGGCUCUGAUCGGACGCUUCUAUCUCCAGGAUGCUAAACAUCGGCUUCAUGUAUUUCUUCGUAUCCACAACGAUUUUCUCACCACGGAUGAGAUUGUUCACGACUGGAAUACAUCUGUUGCUCUGCGAGAAAUGCUUGAAGAAGAUGUGCGCUUUUUCCGUGGUGAGCUUGCUUCCGCUAAUGGUGACCUUGAGGAUAUCCGCGUCGAGUUCCAGGAGAUGGUCGAGGCCAUCCAGACCGAACUAACUCGCGCACAUGCGAAGUAUGUUGCGGCUGCAAAGGAGGCUAUUACAUCGCUUCGGUUCCGUAUGAAUUGGAUUCGCGAGAAUAGCCCGAACCAGCCGACCAAUACCCUUACUUACUACGAGGCAAAAGUGGAAGAAUUAGGGUCACUGCUUUCCAGCGCCUAUCUAUCUGAUCAGCGACAUUUGGCUCGCUCAUUAGGCAGCCUGUCACAGCAAAUCAACGUACUAGGUAGGAAGCUGUGUAGCCAGGUGCAGCCAGACCGGAACCUGCGAAAUGCAGAACAUCCGGGACUGGAUGAGGAAGAUCUUCGUAUGUUGGAGGUGGCUGAGCAGCUGCGUCAGCAGACGAAUGGAGAUGAUGAGGAACAGGCUGAAGGAGGAGCCUCGCUGAAUUAG